UUAGCCAUCAACCGAAACAGAGUAGUACUCUAUAGCCGUCCCGCGUAACGCAAGCACUCUAUAAGAUCGCCUAUGAAGUUUCUUGCGGGAAUAAGCUUUGGCAUUGCUGUUAUAAUUUUCAUUCAGCUCCAACAUCCCGUAUUCCCUCCUCAUUUACCCCUUCCGUCCAGGACGACGGCAGUCCAGAUGAGUUGUCGUGCCAGAUAUUAAAAUAAGUGCACUUUUACCACCGGCAAGUUUGAUAUUUAAUUGCAUGAACAUUUACCCACGUUUGUUACCCAUCGGCGUGAACCUCGACGGCAGCCUUCCAUGCUCAUGGCCGGCGCCUCCGCGCUGCUCAAGUGGACCUUCAUCGGUGCGUCGCUCGUGUCUGCGGUCGAACUCGUGCAGAGGUCGAACCUGUCGCCCAGGCGUCCGGUGUGCCUGACGCUCUGCGACAUCGCAUACCUGCUCUGCAACAUGCUCACGGUCUCGACUAUCUGCUGGGCUGUGGCCACAUCCGUCUUUCCUAGCCGGACUGAAGUGCUCACGGACGUCUCAAUCGCUAGUGCAGUAGUGAGUGCCGCAGCUCGGAUCUCGUGGGCGGUUUCAAUAUUGGUUGCAUCGCGAUCGGGGUUUAACGAGCGCUUUAGGUCAUUUCUUGAAGUUAUAAAAAGCUUGCAAGUAGAAAUUGUGUUUUUCAAGUACUCGCAAACACUGAGUAUGCAAACCAUCGCCGAUGAAGAAACCUUCUCGCCGUGCGGUAAGCUUCUGGGCAGUGCUGUCUUAAGGACGGGCCCGAACGCGAAGGGCCGCGUGUUCUGUGCCUUCGUGCGUGUGUUGUGGCACGAGGCCCUGUGGAUACCGCUGACUGGACUCGCCUACUUCGCCGUGCUCAUCGUCCGGAUCCCGCUGCUUGAGUCCCUGAUUGAUGACGUCGGCAGUCGGGAAGCGAAGGCGUUGACUGUGCUGUUCCUGUCGUCGUGCGUGGCCGAGGUCUGUCUCUCCGGUUUCCUCGAGUACGUGGCUCUGCGCUUCAGCACCCAACUGAAACUCCUCAUGCAAGCAGCGCUCUUCACGAAAACGACACGCAUGACCGCUCGCGCGCUGUCUGAGGCCCCGGCGGGCUACCUGGUGUCCUUGGUGGCCGUCGACUGCGACCAGCUGCACACGGUCGCGGUGUUCUCGUCGCACACGCUGAGCGGCCUGCUGUGCUUGCCUGUCCUGCUGUGGAUGCUGUCGAGGCGCGUGGGCACGCUGCCCGUCGUCGCUUGCGUCUCCUGGCCGCUCGCUGUGCUGGCACUCUCCGCGCUGGUCUCGUGGAUGCAGACCGGAUUGUGGAAACGCAUCAUCCGCUACCGAGACGAGAGGCUGAACAAGAUGGCCGACACGCUGUCGUGCGUGCGGCUCGUCAAGUUCUACGCCUGGGAAGAGGCCGUCACUCAGGCUGUGAGCCGGCUGCGUGCCAGGGAGGGCCGCCUCCUGUUCCUCUCCAACUUGCUCGAUGGCUUCGUCGAAUCGCUACAGUCUUGUUCUAAUUCUGUGAAACAGUGGACGAGCAAGUAA